AUGCCGAAUCGAUUUGUCCCUCAAGCAGCUUGGGAACUAGCAGAGAAGAGAGAAAUGGAGCAAAUAAUCACGCUCUAUGGCAAAACAUACCACUUCUGGCAGAUCGAUCGGGGCGAUAAGCUGCCGCUUGGAGAGCCGAAACUCAUGACUAGCUACAUCGCCGAUGGGCAGCUAGACUUUGCCAAAGUGGAGGACCGAGAUGCAAGAUUCCAAUCGAAUUACAAGUUGAAGAAAGAGGCGAGGAAGGACAUACCUUCUCCCAAGAUCCUCAAAGAAGCUGACACGGCAUGGGAUACUGAAACGUAA